CAAGAAACAACAACCCUUAAAAAAAAUCUGGCCGCGUCCAAACAUCUCGCCUUUCUAUUUCUUCUUCACACCUCUCAAAUUCCAUCAAUCUCAAGCUCGUUGUGUCACAAAUCAACCAAACCCCCAUCCUUUUUCAAUCUUCUCUAGGGCACGUAGCCACCCUAUUCCUCCCCCGAAAUUGUUCAAGAGUUCAAUAUCUGAACCCAAACCCGAACGUCCUCCUAACGUCCAUAUACCGCCUUUCAAGCCAAAAUCAACCUACCUUCAACUAAUCUCCUACCUAGAACCUACUAUCACAAUGGCCGCCGCCGUGGAGAAAGUUGCUGACGCUGUCAACGACGUUACGAAUGCUCUGAGCAAUGCCUCCCUCACUGGUAAGGACGAGAACAAAGAUGCCGUCCACGCCAGUGCCGCUGAGGGUCGCCGCCUGUACAUCGGCAACCUCGCUUAUGCGACAACCGAGGGGGAGUUGAAGGAAUUCUUCAAGGGAUAUCUUGUUGAGUCCGUUUCGAUCCCCAAGAACCCACGUACCGACCGUCCCGUUGGCUAUGCCUUCGUUGACCUUUCCACCCCUACCGAGGCUGACCGUGCUAUCGGUGAGCUCUCUGGCAAGGAGAUCCUCGAGCGAAAGGUCUCGGUUCAGCUUGCCCGCACUCCCCAGCCGGCUGGUGAGAAGGCCGAGGGCGCUACCAACGGUGAGAAUGGUGAUGGCACUCGUCGCCGUGCCUCAGGACGUGGUCGUGGCCGCGGCCGCGGACGUGCUGGUCGCGCCGGCCGUGGUGGCCGAGCCGAGGGCGGAAAGGAUGAUGCUCCCGCCAAUGAUGUGAACGCUUCCGCUGGCGACAACGAGGUUCUACCUUUGACCGAUAUCACCAACAAGGCCGAUACUGACAAAGCUGAGAAGAAGAAGGGCCCUGUUCGUGAGCGCCGCGAGCGUGGACCCCCCGCUGACGGUAUCCCAUCCAAGAACAAGGUUAUGGUCGCUAACCUCCCCUACGACCUAACCGAGGAAAAGCUCAAGGAUCUUUUCCAGGACUACCAGCCAUCUUCCGCCAAGAUCGCCCUUCGACCUAUUCCCCGAUUCAUGAUCAAGAAGCUCCAGGCUCGUGGUGAGCCCCGUAAGGGUCGUGGUUUCGGCUUCGUCACUCUUGCCUCGGAGGAACUCCAGCAGAAGGCCGUUGCCGAGAUGAACGGCAAGGAGAUCGAGGGCCGAGAGAUCGCUGUCAAGGUCGCCAUUGACAGCCCUGAUAAGACGGAUGAGGAGGCGAACAUUCCCCAGGAGAACGAGGCCAACGGCCAAGAGGCUGCCCCUGUUGCCGCUUAGGUUAUCUUCUAAGCACUUCUCGAUGACACAUUCAUAAUUUGCGGCAUGAGGCGGAUCCGGACAUCCAUCGUUUAUUCUACGGAGACGUCUUACUAGUUUAUGUGUCAACCGAGCGUUGAGUGAUGAUUAACGUCACAAAUGGCUUUUUUCCUUUGAUUUCACCAUAGAUACGAAAAACCCAGCAAAACAGUAGCAUUUAUGGACCCAAGAUAUCAGUUGCAACUGCUCUGUAGCAUUUGCCUGCUGGAUGUUGGGGAUCAUUGUGUUGCAGUUUUGGCACGAAUAAUUUUUCAU